UGAGGCGGUUCUGGGCCCGCCGCGCUCCGUUGCUCCGUCCGUAUUUCCGCCGCCUCAACCGAGACCGGCUGGCGCCGCUCCGGCUCGGUCCGCUCCGCCCCGGGCCGCCAUGGACGCGAAUCCGCCGAAGCGGAAGGAAACGCGCAAGUCGCUGCGGAUUAAAGUCAUCUCCAUGGGCAACGCGGAGGUGGGCAAGGUUCUGUUAUGAAGAACUUCCCUUUUUUGUUUGCUGAAUAAAUCUAAUCCCGUUUAACUGCUGACAGCAUGAGGACUCCCGUGGGGCAGACAAAUGCCUUGCUUGGCAGUAAGAAAAUCCAGAAGGAUCUUGCAGGACAGAGAGAGUGAGCAAAUAAAUGAGCUGCAUUAUAAAGCGCUAUUGUGAGAAGAGGUUUGUUCCCAAAUACCUGGCGACCAUUGGUAUCGACUACGGUGUCACAAAAGUGCAGGUCAGAGACCGAGAGAUCAAGGUGAACAUCUUUGACAUGGCGGGGCACCCGUUCUUCUAUGAGGUGAGGAACGAGUUUUACAAGGACACACAGGGAGUCAUCCUGGUCUAUGAUGUGGGACAAAAGGAAUCUUUUGAUGCCCUGGACGCGUGGCUGGCAGAGAUGAAGCAGGAGCUGGGCCCUCACGGGAAUAUGGAGAACAUUGUCUUCGUUGUCUGUGCAAACAAGAUUGACUGCACCAAGCACCGCAGCGUGGAUGAAAGCGAGGGGCGGCUCUGGGCAGAGAGCCGGGGCUUUCUGUACUUUGAGACAUCAGCACAAACAGGAGAAGGAAUCAACGAGAUGUUUCAGACUUUCUACUCGGCCAUCAUUGACCUGUGUGACAACGGUGGGAAACGUCCCCCUUCCAGCACGGGGGUGGGUUUCACCAAAGAGCAGGCAGAUGCCAUCCGCAGGAUCCGCAACAGCAAGGACAGCUGGGACAUGCUGGGGGUCAAACCCGGAGCCACGAGGGACGAAGUGAACAAAGCCUACCGCAAGCUGGCCGUGCUGCUCCACCCCGACAAGUGUGUGGCUCCCGGCAGCGAGGACGCCUUCAAAGCCGUGGUGAACGCCCGGACCGCGCUCCUCAAAAACAUCAAGCCGGGGAGAUCAGCAAGACGGACUGUGGCAAUUCACACUUGACAGGGUCUUGUUCCACAUAUUCUGUAACAUUGCAGAGUUCACUGGAAACUUCCCCACUUGUCUGGUAGAGGAAAUCACUUAAUCCUGGGUUUAAACCUCUUUGUCUGUAUUAUUUUUUACCUCUGAGGAGGGUAAAUAGCCCUGUUGCUGAAUGGUACAUUCACUUCGAGGGUGAAACCUCAGUACCUGGAGUGGUUUUGAGGCUUCCGCGGUUCCUGCUGCUCAGGGGCUCUCCAGGCCCCUCAUGCUGUGCACGGUCCCUCCUGUUUUGCUCCUCAGGUGACUCUGGCCACCGGUCUUGGGGUUUCUUUGUCUGUUUACAGAGCUGACGGGAUGUUCGGAGACAGUUGCACACGUGUGUCACAUCUAGCGAUGCCGGUGACCUUCUAAGUUGUGUUAUUUUUAUAAAUUAAACCCCUCUUUGCAACAAA